UCUCUAGGGCUUGUUUCGGUCCCAGAACACACUCCCUGCAAAAUCCCUCUCUUCCGACCGUUGGACCUUUCCCGCGUAAAUUUGAAUUCGAUUCCAACCGAAAUAAUCUUUGGCGGGGAAAUUCUAUUCCAGGCUUUCCAGCGCCUCUUCUUUCCUUUUCUCCCAACGUCCAAAAGCCUUUUGAAUUCCUUUUUCUUGGGGGAAAAGGAAAAUCGGGUCUGCAUGAAUUCCUCGGUUGCCGAAAUCAUAUGGCGGGAAGUGCCCGAUUGGGACGACGAUGUCGUGUCAGCAGCUCGAUUCAAGGCAUUUAGUGGACAGAGAUCAGAUUGGGAGCCCAAGUUCUUAUUCUGGAGGGACUUGAUUCUGAAGGUGGCUCGGCAUCUGGGCGUCUUCAUCAUCCAAGCAUCCGAGGUGAAGAACAGUUGGUUUGUUCGAGGAGGCUUGACGCCUUUGUGCAUCGAUGCUGUUCUGCUUGAAAUGUACAAGAAUGGUGACAUUUUAAGAAGUGGAGAUCUCAUGGACCCAACUAGUCGGAGCCUCUACCAGAUGUUUAAAAGAAUAGGACAUUUGAUAGGUAUAUCCAAAUCAUCAACUCCUCAAGAAAUUUUUGAAGACCAUCUCAUCCUAAGGACACUAAUGCAGGAAAGUGCUGCUGAAGUUGUCAAGGGUUUGUCUGAAAAUCAUUGGACGUCCAGUUGUAUUGUUACGACUGCAGAGUUCCAGAGCAUCUGUAAAGGAUCUGAUGAAGCUUAUGCGAUCUUGAGCUAUUUGUCUGGAUGCGGGAAAGCACGGUAUCUCUCAAUCAGACAAAAGGAUUUCAUCGAGGGGGUGAAAGUUUCUCUUGUGCCCCAAGCUGUUCCCAAUAUCUCAAGUCUUGAUUACGAUACUUUGCACUUGGUUUGGACGACGGAAAAAUUUCGGCAACAACUUGAUGUGAUUGAUCGGCGUUAUGAGAAGUCGAGAAAAUCAGCAUUAGAUUUCAUUAAGUCGGGAAACAAAAAAGGUGCUCUCAGACAUGUCCGGCAGUUAAAACUGACGUCCGAAAGCAGAGAAAAAUGCACUUCACUCUUGAAUCGGGUUGAAGAAGUGCUCAAUAUAAUUGCAAAUGCUGAAUCCACAAAGAAGGUUUCUGAAGCCAUCCAAAUUGGAGCUCGAGCAAUCAAGGAGAACAGCAUCAGCGUCGAAGAAGUUCAUAUUCAUCUCGAAGAACUCAAUGAGAGUAUUGCAUCUCAGAAGCAAGUAGAAGAAGCUUUAGAAAUACCACUUCAAUAUGCAGAUAUCGAAGAUGAAGAUAUCGAAGAGGAAUUUAAGAAGCUGGAGAUGGAACUUGGAGAUGAAACACCAUCUGAGCAAAUUGCCAAAACUGUCAUGGAUGGUGCAGCAAAGGAAGUGGAAGAAACACAAGCUGUGCAAAUUGCUGAAACCAUCACAGAUGGUGCAACAAAGGAAGUGGAAACUCAGACAUCGGCAGAAAUGCUAAGCCAGACGUUAUCAAAUCUCAAGCUGGAAGCUGUAUAGAUCCGUGAACUCCAUAGCUACAAUGUAAGAUGAAUAUUAUUUAUUUCAUUUUGUUUUCGUGUCUUUUCACGAAUGCAGAUCUUUUCAUGUGCCAAUAACUGGAAUACUUGGUUCUUUACAAAGAAAUAUAUGUUUCAUAUUUUCCUUUGUA